GACAACAAAGAUGGCGUCCAAUUAUUUUGAACUGACUGGUAACAUCGUCGACUUCACCCGGGCCCACUGUACCCUGGUGUUGUCUGCUGUCGCCGGAGGCAUUGGCCUGUACUUUCUGAGGAAGUACUGUGCGGGUGGUGUGUGUCGUAGUCCCGCCAGACUGGAUGGCAAAACCGUCAUCAUCACAGGAGCCAACACGGGCAUCGGGAAGGAGACAGCACGUGAUUUGGCCGCUAGAGGAGCCCGGGUGAUCCUGGCCUGCAGAGAUCUCACCAAAGCGGAAACUGCAGCAUCCGAGAUCCGAAAAUCUACCGGAAACGGAAAUGUCGUCAUCGAACAGCUCGACCUGGCCUCCCUCGCCUCGGUCCGAACGUUCGCGACGAUCAUCAACGAGAGAGAGCCGAAAGUAAACAUCCUCAUCAACAAUGCAGGAGUCGCUGCGUGCCCACAAUGGAAGACCGAAGACGGUUUUGAGCUGCAGUUCGGCACAAACCACCUGGGUCACUUCCUCCUCACCAACCUGCUGCUGGACAAACUCAAGAACUCCGCGCCCAGCCGGGUCGUCAUCGUGUCUGCCCUGGCGCAUGUGUGGGGAAAGAUCGACUUUGACGACAUCAAUUCAGAAACGUCGUACAGUCCUAUUGGAUCGUACUGUCAGUCCAAGUUAGCGAACGUGCUGUUCAUGAGAGAGUUGGCCAGGAGACUUGAAGGAACUGGCGUGACGGUCAACGCCCUCCAUCCCGGCGUCAUGCACACAGAGAUAGGUCGACACUUUUUCACCACGUUUGGCUGGGCGGCUCUUCCGAUGAUUCCCUUUGCUGCCGUCUACUACCUGUUCUGGAAGAGCGUGAAGCAGGGCGCACAGACCACCAUACACCUGGCCGUGGACAGGGAACUUGAAACGACGUCAGGGCUGUAUUUCAGUGACUGCCUGCCCUGUGACGUGUCUCCUCUGGCGAAGGACGAGGCGACCGCGAGAAGACUCUGGCGGCUCAGUGAAGAGAUGGUGGGGCUGAAGGAAGAUCUCACCAAAGCGGAAACGGCAGCAUCCGUGAUUCGAAAAUCUACCGGAAACGGAAAUGUCGUCAUCGAACAGCUCGACCUGGCCUCCCUCGCCUCGGUCCGAACGUUCGCGACGAUCAUCAACGAGAGAGAGCCAAAAGUAAACAUCCUCAUCAACAAUGCAGGAGUCGGUGCGACCCCAAAGUGGGUAACAGAAGACGGUUUUGUUCUGCAGUUCGGCACGAACCACCUGGGUCACUUCCUCCUCACCAACCUGCUGCUGGACAAACUCAAGAACUCCGCGCCCAGCCGGGUCGUCAUCGUGUCUAGCGUGAUGCACGAGUGGGGAAAGAUUGAUUUUGAUGAUAUCAGUUACGAGAAGUCGUACAGUCCUAUUGGAUCGUACUGUCAGUCCAAGUUAGCGAAUGUGCUGUUCAUGAGAGAGUUGGCCAGGAGACUGAAAGGAACUGGUGUGACGGUCAACGCGCUCCAUCCUGGCUGGACACGCACGGAGUUAGCUCGGCACUUGGCCACCACAUUCGGCUGGGCAUCUCUGCCGAUGGUUCCAGUUGCUGCCAUCUUUUGUUACAUGUUUUGGAAGAACGCGAAACAGGGCGCACAAACCACCAUACACCUGGUCGUGGACAAGGAACUUGAAACGACGUCAGGGAUGUAUUUCAGUGACUGCCUGCCCUGUGACGUGUCUCCUCUUGCGAAGGACGAGGCGACCGCGAGAAGACUCUGGCGGCUCAGUGAAGAGAUGGUGGGGCUGACGGAGUGACGCAGUCAAAGGACCCGUUCUGCCGUUCCACUCUGUGCAGAGGGGUGCCCAUCUCCGUUUCUGUAGCCCUUUGGCCACACAGUUGUGCAAGCACUACAGCAGGGGGCUAUCCCACCGGCAGUGUGUUUGACUUUCCCACACUCUUUCUAGUAGAUGCUGAGUGCUAAGCACUACCCAAUUGAGCUAUAGCUAUUGCACCGGAAACAGUCACCUUACACCUUAAAAUAUAUAGUGGAUGAUUCAUACAACAACAUAAGCAUGAAAGUUCAUUUGAGCCGGUAGAACACAUUAUGAGAAUCUUUAAACUGUUCUCCAACUCAAAGAAUUACUUACGGGGGACGAAAUCGACUUCCGAUCAAAUUUGACCCAUUAUUGACGUCACACAUGAAUGAAACCAUAGGAAUCGGGUUAGAAAGCUAUGCGUUAUAAUUUCUCUGUAGUGACUACAAGCCAAAUAAAGCUUCUGUCGGUAAGGAUGACGCAACGGCCAAGAAACUCUGGUAGAUCAGUGAAGAAAUGGUAGGGCUCAGCGGCUAACCUACCGGAGGAUUGAGACAGUUGAUGAACAUGCAUAAGUGAGUGAAAACCAAGAAAGUUGAUAUAAAUUAUGGAAACUUAAGAAAGUGUUGCUACAUACAUAAAAACCUGUUUA